CGCGCCGCGGCUCCUCGGUCAGAGCAGGCGGCUCGCGCUCCUCCUCCGAGCGAAACUUUCACAGCGCAAUACAACUUUAUCGAUAUGCAUAUUUAUUAACGCCGUUAUUCGGAUGUGUUUAACCGGCGCGUCUCUGCGAAAGUUUAACCCCGCCGCUCCGUCCAACUUGGGAGAAGCAAGCUGAGGGAAACCGGAGACGAGCACGAGCCCGCGCUCGUCCCCGACGUGGAAACUCAUCAGUUUGCGCUCUGUGUCCUCGCUGAGCGGAGUCGAGCGCCGGUCGACAACUUACUUUGUGCGCUCAGUUUCGAACAAACUUUUGCAAGUUGUAGGAAACGGUCUUUCCGUCGUUGUCGGCAUUAGUGUAUAGCUAAGCGAGCCGCCUCGCGCUUCCUUGCGUCAUCUACAGCUUAUGUGAGGGGCAGCCGCUCGUUUUCCCUCUGCUCGAACUUGUUCUGGAAGGUUCACUAUAAGAACCGGUCCGCGCUGAAACAUGGCCACCGGCGGCUUCAGGUCGGGCGCCACCACGGACUUCCUGGAGGAAUGGAAAGCCAAGCGCGAGAAGAUGAGGGCCAAGAUGCUGGGGGACAUCGCCGCCUCGACGGGCCACGGCGCGCUCACCGCGGUCGCCAGAACGGAGACGCGCAGCGCGGUCGCGAGCGCCGAGCUGACCAGCAACACUAACAGUAGUGGCGGCGCGGAGCGCGGCGCCCCCGCGUCCGGCAGCGGUCCGACGAGGAGGCCGGAGGACGAGCAGCAGCAGCAGCAGCCGCCGCCGCCUCAACAGCAGGCGACCGCCGGCAGGGCGGCCGAGUCUCCGGCCGGGAGCCUGAAGAAAGCGACGCACGCGGAGAAGGCGCCCGCCGCGACUCCGUCGAGCGAGAGCGACAGGGACGGCAAGAGCAAAGAGAAGAAGAGCGCGGGUCCGAGCGCGCGCAAGGGCAAAGGGCAGAUCGAGAAGCGGAAGCUGCGCGAGAAGCGGCGGUCCACAGGUGUCGUGAGCAUCCCGUCCAACGAGAGUCUGGACGAGCUGGAUGAUGAUGACGAUGGCAGUCAGAAGGAGCGCAAGAGAGAGGAAGCCCUCACGCAGCACAACACGGCCCAGAACGAGAGCAUGUCUUCGGACCUGGGCACUGCCCACUUCUUACAGGAGACCCCGAGAUCUACCACAGGCCGAUACAAAAGCUCGGCCGGUCCCGGCCAGGAGGACGACGUGGGUGCGAGCAGCCGACACCGCCAGGGCUACGGCCGGCAAGGCCCCGGGCCCCUGGAGCGGAGGAUCGAAGAGCUGGAGAAAGAGCUGAUUGCAGAGAGGCAGGAGAAUGUGCGGCUGCAGAAAGCGCAGCAGGAGAAAGAGGAGCUCAUCGCCAAGCUGAAGGAGGAGAUCGAGCUGCUCUACAGGGACCUUGAUGACAUCGAGGAUGAGAACGAGCAGCUUAAACAAGAGAACAAGACCCUCCUGAAGGUGGUCGGCCAGCUGACCAGAUAGUUCAGCGAUGGCUCUAUCUCGCCAGGAUGGGAGGUCGGAAGGCGUCCUGGAUUCACGUGUCGUGUCCUGUAUGAGCGUUGGUUUUGUCUGUUUAUACUGUGGAAGAGCAGUUUGCAGGUGGAGGAAAAGAACCCACAGCCCGAAAAGCACCUUCGGUGACCUUUCCUCAACGAGGUUCUCUCCGGCUUCGUUUACGCAGAGGAGACGCUCGCCGGGAGCUACGUGCUCGUUUGGAAUCGUACUUUUAGCUGUUGGGUGGUGCCGUUCUAUUUAAUGUAAAUCCCUUGUACAUAGCCUUUGUCUUUGUUCUGCGAAACUGAAGAACGGCUUCACGGCUCCACAUCUCAUGGAUUUUUGUGUCGGUUCCCGUGUCCGGCGGCUCGACCGCACGCUGACCGAGUGGCACAGUCCAGCGGCGAAUUCUCGUGGUUUUACUGCCACUUCUGCCCAAAAGCGAUUUGAUGGAAUUCCGAACGCAGCAGAAUUGGCACCCUCAGUUGCGACUGGCCGUAGCUAAAGUGUGUGUCUGUGUUUGUGUUUUUUUUCCCUGGGCCCGGGUUCUGCAAAUCACAGAUGCAUUAACUUUCGACUCCCUGCGGGAAGAGAAGCCUGGUGCUUGUCUUUAUAAAGUCACAGCCAGCGUUUCACAGGCAGCGUUACCUUUGCGAAAACCUGGGAGCGCGAGGAGCCUGGAGCCACGACGACGACUGUUUUUUUUUUAGCUGCGAAACACACGGGUCUUUGUUUCCAGCAUCUCGCGCAUCGGCGAAGUCCUGAUGGGGAGAAGGAUGCUUCGCUGUCUCUGCAUUGCUGGUGAACUGAAGCUGAAUAUUAAAAGAAAAGUUAUUGCUAUUUUAAUGUUAUUAAACCUCAUUUAGUGAAAACUGUUAAACAAAAAAAAAAAAAAAAAAAAAAAAUGUAGCAUCUUUGCUUCUAGCUAUUCGUCAUGAACAUUUAACCCAAGAUGCAUCUGUUAACUCGACAGUAGUGUUUUUCUUUUGUAUGGAAAAGAUGCUCUGACUUGUCAAGUGCAUUUGCAUUUUUUUGUUUUCACAUUUUGCUUUUUCUGACGGGGCUUCUUGUAAACAAACCUCUUCCGCUGUCAUACUUGUGAUAAUUUUGAACAAUGUACGUGUCCUUCAGCGCAUUGUGCUUCCUUCCGUUCACGGGGAAAUGGCGGUAAGCGCCCGUCUCGGUGUCGCUCUUGCAGGAGUAGCUCUUUAAUAAACGUUUAAU